AUGGUGAAGAGUGUUAUCUCAAUGGACCAGCUAAAAGCUUUGUGGCACUCUGAGGUUCACAAUGAACAGAAGUGGGCAGCUAACAUGAAACUUGUGAGAGCACUUGGGGUGUUUGCAGGAGGAAUCUUCCUCAUGCGUAGCUUUGGUGAUCUCAUGGCAAUCUGAAGAAAUCACCUGAUAAGUAACAAUGGAGGAUCAUGUCUUUGUUAUUCACUUUCUCAAUUUUUUUGUUCCUCGAGUGUCUCUUCUCUCUAUAGAAUUGAUGGUUUAGUUUCUGAUUCCACCAAUGUUAUACAAAUAUAUCUCAGUUGAAGAUUUGUUUCUUUUUUUCAGUUACUAAAGAAUUUAUUUUCAUUCAUAAACACUUCUAAAUUGCG